UUUGAAUAUUGUAGUUUGAUAUGUACAGCAACGAAACCUAUGAAAAACGUGGGGGAACUUUCAAAUACAUAUAGAAUAUUAAACAUUUAGCUUAACACUACUUAUUAGACCAGUGAACAAAAUAGUACAUAUAACUUUGAUAUUACUAAAAUAUAUAUAAAAAAACAAAUGUUUAUAAUUAAGAUUAGAAAUACAAUAACAAACGAAUUGAAAUAAUACUGUCUAAUUUAAUCUAAUUUUAUUUUAACUUCUUUAUUGGAAUAAAACUAUUUUUCUAAUAAAAAUGUCAAAGGUUUUAACAUUAAUUAAAGAGACAUUUAAAAAAUAUCCCAUGUUGGCUAAUUCAACUGUUUACGGAACAAUGUGUGUUGGAGCUGAAUUGUCUCAACAAAUCAUUACUAAAAGAAUAUUGAAUAAGACAGAACCUCCAAAACCCAUAGAUAAAGAAGUUUUGGGUCGUUAUGCAGUAAUUGGCACAUUAAUUAGUCCUAACAUUUUAUAUUUCUGGUAUAAGUGGUUGGACAAAGCAUUUGUGGGUACAGCACCAAAAAUUAUUGUAAAAAAAAUGCUUUUGGAUCAAUUCCUUAUGACUCCACCUCUAUAUGUUAUUUUUUAUGUUAGCAUGAGUUUAAUGGAGGGUAAAAAAGAUCUAUUAGAAGAAUGUAGACAAAAAUUCAUUCCAACAUUCAAAACCAGCUGUGUGUUUUGGUUACCUGCACAAGCCAUUAACUUUUUAAUGGUUCCACCGCCUGCUAGAGUUAUUUAUGUGGGAACCUGUUCAUUUAUUUGGAUUAACAUGCUAUGUUGGAUUAAAAGAAAUGACUACAACACUGUGAAAGAGCAAUGAUUCUUUAUUAUACAAAAGAAAAUAUAGAAUACUUUAUGUGACACACAAGUUUGCUACAUGACUUCAUAGUUCAUACUUACAGUUUAAUACACAAGACUGUUUCAAUAUUAAUAUUACAUAAAAAUAAAUAGCACUUUAAAAAAAAUUAAAUAAUUAGGUAAGUGACUUACCUAGUUUAGCUAGUUACAUGUUGUGAUUUAGUACAAAGUGUUCAAUCCCUCUACACAGGGCUAAGUAGGUUUUUCUGUUUUUUUAAGCACAGGCAAUAGCUAUUAGAAGACGUUAAACAAAUAUAAAUAACAUAAAAUUUUUGUUUUAAAACAUAGAAGUAAACAUGACUUUUAUUAUAUACACAUUGUACUAAUUAAUAUUUACAUUUUCACAUAAUUAAUUUUAUUUUAUUUUGAUUUUCUAAAAAUUUUAAUAAACUUAUACAACUCUGUUUGUACAUAUUAAUUUUAUUAAUAGAGUAUUUAUCUUUUUCAUCUUGUUUUGCAGCUUCAACCAUUUUUUUUGCAGAAUCUUCAUCAUUAGGUUUUAAAGAAAUAAUUGAGAAUUCUAGUUGCAUGAAUCUAAACAAAUUUAUUUAAUAUAAUUACUAUGAUAAACAUAAUUAUAAUUCAAAUAUUUAAUAAUAUAUAUAAUAUUAUACUAUUUACUUACAAACAAUGCAGAAUCACCCAACAUUCUUCUAACCAUAAUGUAUGAUCACGUACUGUAUGUUUAAUUUCCAUAUGAUUUUCAAAAGAUAUAUGCUCAAGCUUGAGAUUAAUGUUAUCUAACUUUUUUUUCAAACAUUCAUUAAUUUGAUAAAAACGAUUC